AUGAAUGCUACGAGUAAAAAUAGACAUCGAACAGCAAAAUUCGCUCACACACAUCAUCAAGGAGCUGUUCAUGGUCCAUUGACACGAUUCAAAGGUGAAACUGCUGAUCAAGUUCUUGAACUUGAUGUUAUUAUAGUUGAUGCACGCCGGCAAAUAAUAUGGCUUGAUGGAACAUCUACUGAAGGACAACAAAAACUUGCUAAAAAUGUUACAAAACAAGUCGAAAUUUUACAAACAAUGGCGGAAUGUCCUCAAUCAGAUGCAUAUAUAAAUGAGGUUGAUCCAAAUGAAGCAAAUUGGCAACAAAAGUUUUUUGGACCAAUUGAAAAUUAUAAUCGGCUUAAAUCAGUUAAAGAUAUAGUUAGUCUAAAUGGAUUAUUUGCAUGCAAAAAAUGUGUAAGUGGUGAUGAUUGA